CAAAAAGGAGGCACGAUUCGCCUGGUUCGCCCCUCACCUUCUCUUCCUUCGCCCGCGGCGGCGGCGCAUCCCAAGACUCGAGUUUUUUCUCCUCACAGAGAGAUCACGCGGCCGCCAUGGCCAUGGAAGGAGAGGUGCCCCAUGUUCUCAGGGAGAACCUAGCGUGUAUCCUCGUGCGUGCCAUGUCCGCCACGAAGAACGUCGGGGCCCAGCGCGACCGCCUCCUGCAGCUCCGCCGCCGGCUGCAGCAGCCAAGCCCCGAAGACGAGGUCCAGGAGGAGGUCGCCUCCGGCCUCCGCAAGGUCUACUCCAAGGGCCUCGACUACGGCGCCCGCUACCUCGCCGACUGCCUCGAGACCGCGGCCGAGAACCGCGACAGCCUCUCCUUCAGCAUCCCCGCCUUCGCCGUCAUCCCCAACGAGCAGCUCUACGGCCUGCUGCGCGGGCAGUGGCACUCCCCGCGCCCGACAGCCCUGGUCCAGGCCUUCGCCCGCAUCGAGUCCGCCUACUACGCCGUCAUGCUCACCUUGGAACACCACCUCCCCCGCUGCAUCGAGCUCCUCGUCGGCGUCCGGCCACCCUCCGGCCACCGCUAGCUGGUCGGAGUCAUGAUAGGCUACGCAGAUGACCUCAUCGCCGCCGCCAAGGAGCACCUCCGCCACCUCGCGAAUAGAUUCGAGGGCCGCCUCCCCAACCCCGACCCAGCCCCAGCCGCCACUGGCAAGCCCCCUCAGGCGGAAAGCACCGUGGACCUGGACCUGGCGCUCACCUACCUCCAUCGCUCGUGCUCCCUCACCAGCCUCGCCGUCAAGCACCUGGACGUCGCCAUCGCCUUCAUCUCCAGCUUCCUCGACCCGGACGAGGUCGCCAAAAUCUCCGAUUGGACCGACCAACGUACAUACUACAUCUCUGAGGACGGGCCUUAUCCACCAGGUGAAACAGCUUGAACCGUUGAUCGAACCCGAGGAUCGCGUCAGCCGUUUAACUGGCCUAUUAUUCUCUCUAGUUCGUCCAAGCUCCAACCUUUUACAGCUCCAGUUCAGUAUUGCUGCUAUCUAUGUUUCAUUUCUGGACGGCCGUGGUUAUCCAUGUUUAAUCUCAUCAGGGCUAAAAGGUGCUACUGGUGUAAUGUUGUAAUAACGUCAUAAUAUCUGCACCUUGUCUGUGGACGAUCGCGCGAACUGAAUUGAAGCAAAAUUGGGAUU